CAACCAAAAAAAACAAAUUUGAUAACAAAAAUCUGUGACUCGAUGGACAAAACAGCAGAUUUCCAGCAUUACUAUCUUGAGCUGUCCCCGGAUCCUAUCCGAUUCGACGCUGUUAGUCAGCUAACUAAUGUAUUCUUCGAUGAUGCAAAGCAGCAGGUAUUCGCUGUUCGCUCUGGAGGAGCAACCGGAAUAGUUGUGAAGAGCGCGACGGACACGCAGAACAUUUCGUUCUGCAUGGAAGAUCGUGGAACAAUUCGAUCGAUUAAGUUUUCCGCCGACAACCAAGUGUUGGCGGUUCAGAGAAAUGAAACCUCGGUGGAGUUCAUUCCCUUCGGCGCGAACAACCAGCCAAAUGUACAGGAUGUGCUGAUGCACCAGGGGAAGAACAUAAUCUACGGGUUUGUGUGGGUUCACGAUCGACAGGUAGCACUGAUAUCGAACACUGGUGUAGAGAUCUUUCAGCUCAAUUUUGAAAAACAUGCACUGAAAUCCGUUAAAUCGAUGAACAACACGGUAAACUGGUUCAGUUUUUGUCCAACGUCUAAUUUUGCGCUACUCUCCUCCAAUAUGGGCACGAUUCUUACUCCGGUGAUACUGAAAGCAUCGACGAUUACAAAACUGCCCCGUUUAGAGCUGGUAACCGGUCAGGGGUGCUCCGGUCGGGAUGUCACAUUGGCCCAACUCUACGGAACAAAUGCAAUCAUGAUACUGAAGCAACUACAAAACCGUCAAUUCGAAGUGGUCAUUUAUUUGCUGAACGGUCCGGGGUUGGCACCGCGGAAGGCUCACAUUCUGCGGCUUGCCCAAAAUGGCCGUUUUGCGAUGAACAUCGCUGACGAUGUCGUAGUCGUUCAUCAUCAGGCCACGGGGACAUCGAUGCUGUUUGAUAUUGCCCUCGAGGGAACGGAAACUGAGCCCGGAUCCGGUGCCACGAUUCACCAACCAAUCAUUCCAGCCAAACCGUUGAAACCGUUCGCACUGGAAGUGCCCAGCAUUUCGCUGGACGCGAAAACCAUAAACUGUGAUCUUUAUUCCCAACAUUGGGUUCUGUUUCAACCCAACAUUGUCAUUGACGCAAAAUUGGGCUGCAUGUGGUACGUCUUGCUGAAACUGAAUUCCCUCUGUGCGUUGAUAACCGACCGUUUGCGAUUGGUGGAAUUUCUGCUUCAGCGCAGCGAAGGAAAAGAGGUUCUUCUGAAUGUACUCAGAGACAUGAUAAAUACUAAUUACAGUGGAACGCUGCUUCCGGUGAUUGAGAGUGUCUUCAAUAAGCUGAAUGCACUGUAUAAAAGCGUUUUGGACAAUGAGUUGCAGUCUCAGCUGGCCUUGUCCAGUAAAUCUCAUUCGGCGAAAUCCGCUCCCGCGCCACGGGUUAUAAUCGAUCAAGCCGAUAUGUACACCGCGGUCUUUUCCACCAUUACCGACUCGGAGCAGCUGGGAAAGAUCCUUCUACUGUAUCUCCACUCGCUGGCACGCCAUGGGAUAACCGCCAAUCACGAACUCAGCAAACAGAUCGUAAUCGAUCUGGUGCGGAACAAACAGUUCGAUACGCUCCAGCAGCUGUUCAAGUAUGCUGCCCUCAACGAGUCCAAACCGCUUGCCUGUUUCCUACUUUCGCUAUCCGAUUCGGAUCCUUCGAUCUCGCAGAUGGCACUCGAUAUGCUUACGCGGCUGAACGCCAGCGAGAUUAUUCUGGAAGUGCUGCUCGAGAAGGGACAGGUGAUUGAGGCGUUACGAAUUGCCAAGCAGAUGCCCGGGGCAGACUCGCUACCGGCCCGAAAGUAUCUGGAGGCCGCCCACAAGACGAACGAUGCGCUGAUUUUCCACUCCGUGUAUAGCUACUUUCAGGCGAAAAAUAUUCGCUUCCGAGGAUCGCCGGACUUUUUGAAGCAUGAGCAAUGCGGUGAAUAUGUGCAACAUUAUCAAAAUCUGAUCAGUAGUCAAUGUUUGUAAACUUUAUCCACGAGCGUCUUUCCGCUUUCACUGUUAUUAUAUCGGUCUAUGCAUAUCGUUGUAUCCUGUGAAGAAUUCCCAAUGCCCUGGUGUGAUAUCCCUGUGAUAAUUAGGAUUCUAUACAUUCAGUCAAAAGUACCGACAAUCGAUCAUAAGAUUCUUUCUGUUGCUAAGUUGGCCUAACGAUGCUCUAUACUGAUGCAGAGCUUAAACACUUUUUUUUUUUUUUUUUUUUUUUUUUAUUUGAUUUAAGACACUUUAUCACAAUGUGACAUUCGUGUCAUUUACUGGGGGAGAAAACGAAAAGAAUUAAAAUACAGUGAAAACUAACUAAACUAAAUUUCUUUGAACACAUUUGCAUCUUUCAAAAACCUGAUUACUGCUUCUUCCUGCCUGUUGGUGUUGGCAAGAAUAGUUGCUAUUGUGCCAUUCAUUUCAUGUUUUCUUCUUAUUUCGUCGAGUCCUCUGCAAUCCACAAGUAUAUGAGUCACAGUAAGCUGCGUUCCACAGAAGCGGCACAUUGGUGGGGUUUUUUUUCUAAAA